GAGCCCGGGCCCCGGGGUGCGGCGGCGUUCCAAGUUCCCGCGAUGAGCAGCCGGCCCAGGGGGCUUCACGGCCCCGGGAACUCCCGCACGGCCGAGCACGACCGUUGCACCCGGUGGUCCCGACGCGUUUAACGCCGCCGCUCACUGGUCCCGCCGCCGCCGCAGCCCGCGUCCCCGCCGCCACCGCCUCGGCCGCCGCAGAACCGCCAGCAGCAUGUCUCGGAGGAAGAUUUCGUCCGAGUCCUUCAGCUCCUUGGGCUCCGACUACCUGGAGACCAGCCCCGAGGAGGAGGGGGAGUGCCCCCUGUCUAGGCUCUGCUGGAACGGCAGCCGGAGCCCUCCCGGGCCGCGCGAGCUCGGCGCGGCCGCCGCGGUCGCCCCGGUAUCGGCCGCCGCCGCCGGCGCCGCCGCUGCCACCGCCGGGGCCAGGAGGGCUCAGCGCCGGAGGCGGGUCAACCUGGACUCGCUGGGCGAGAGCAUCAGCCGCCUGACGGCGCCCUCGCCUCAAACGAUACAGCAAACUCUCAAGAGGACACUGCAGUAUUAUGAGCAUCAAGUUAUUGGUUACAGGGAUGCAGAAAAGAAUUUCCACAAUAUCUCUAACAGAUGCUCCUAUGCAGAUAAUUCCAGCAAAGAGGAGAUUGAAGACAUCUCAGGAAUUCUUCAGUGUACUGCUAAUAUACUUGGUUUGAAGUUUGAGGAAAUUCAAGAAAAAUUUGGUGAGGAGUUCUUUAAUAUAUGCUUUGAUGAGAAUGAGAGAGUCCUUCGAGCUGUAGGUGGCACGUUGCAGGACUUUUUUAAUGGCUUUGAUGCUUUGUUGGAACAUAUUAGAACUUCUUUUGGAAAACAGGCCACUCUGGAGUCACCAUCUUUCCUAUGCAAAGAGCUCCCUGAAGGUACUCUCAUGCUCCACUACUUCCACCCUCACCAUAUUGUGGGUUUUGCAAUGCUGGGGAUGAUUAAGGCUGCAGGAAAGAAAAUCUACCGGCUGGAUGUGGAAGUGGAACAUGUUGCAAAUGAGAAGCUGUGCUUUGAUGGUUCCAACCCAGGCAAUUGUAGCUGUCUUACUUUCCUUAUCAAAGAAUGUGAAAAUACUAAUAUCACAAAGAACCUUCCACAAGAAACCUCCCAAGUUCCUGCGGACCUCAGAAUUAGCAUCAACACCUUCUGCAGAGCCUUCCCCUUCCACUUGAUGUUUGACCCCAACAUGUCCGUCCUUCAGCUGGGGGAAGGUCUAAGGAAGCAGCUCCGAUGCGACACUCACAAAGUGCUCAAGUUUGAGGACUGCUUCGAGAUUGUUACCCCGAAGGUUAAUGCCACCUUCGAAAGGGUCCUGCUGCGACUGUCCACCCCGUUUGUGAUUAGGACCAAGCCUGAGGCUUCUGGCACUGAAAAUAAAGACAAGGUGAUGGAAGUAAAAGGACAAAUGAUCCACGUCCCAGAAUCAAAUUCCAUUUUAUUUUUGGGGUCUCCGUGUGUGGACAAGCUGGAUGAACUCAUGGGCCGAGGGCUGCAUCUCUCAGAUAUCCCUAUCCACGAUGCCACGCGAGAUGUCAUUUUGGUUGGUGAGCAGGCAAAGGCCCAAGAUGGCUUGAAGAAGAGGAUGGAUAAAUUAAAGGCAACUUUAGAAAGAACUCACCAGGCCCUGGAAGAAGAGAAAAAGAAAACAGUAGAUCUACUGUAUUCCAUUUUCCCUGGUGACGUAGCUCAGCAGUUGUGGCAAGGGCAGCAAGUACAGGCCAGAAAGUUUGACGAUGUCACCAUGCUCUUUUCAGACAUUGUUGGCUUCACCGCUAUAUGUGCCCAGUGUACUCCCAUGCAAGUGAUCAGCAUGCUGAAUGAACUGUACACCAGAUUUGACCACCAGUGUGGAUUUUUGGAUAUUUACAAGGUGGAAACAAUAGGCGAUGCCUACUGUGUUGCCGCGGGACUCCACAGAAAAAGCCUCUGCCAUGCGAAGCCCAUUGCUCUGAUGGCCUUGAAGAUGAUGGAACUUUCAGAAGAAGUGCUCACACCCGAUGGAAGACCAAUCCAGAUGAGGAUAGGCAUUCACUCGGGCUCCGUGCUUGCUGGAGUUGUUGGGGUGAGAAUGCCACGAUAUUGCCUGUUUGGAAAUAAUGUCACUCUGGCAAGCAAAUUCGAAUCAGGAAGUCAUCCUCGGCGCAUCAACGUCAGCCCAACCACUUAUCAAUUAUUAAAACGAGAAGAAAGUUUCACGUUCAUUCCUCGGUCCCGUGAAGAACUUCCAGACAACUUCCCAAAGGAAAUCCCUGGGAUCUGCUAUUUCCUGGAAGUAAGGACUGGUCCAAAGCCGCCAAAGCCCUCUCUUUCUUCAUCGAGGAUUAAAAAGGUUUCCUACAACAUUGGCACCAUGUUCCUCCGGGAGACAAGCCUCUGAGACCUGCUGCAGAUCAAAGACUCCUCCAAAAAGCACAAGCCCAGAGUGUGGGUCAUGACAGGGGAGUGAAAAGAGAUGUUUCUCUUUUACUGCUUUGAGAACAAGCAGCAGAAUUUCUGUGUCCUGUCAGGCAAUAAUCCUAAAACAAAAUUAAAAGGUGGGUGACGACUGUCACUGAUAAAAAAACUGGAGGGUGGGGGGAAGUAAUGUGUCCAUCCAUAUGAGUGUUUUUAGUCAUAUAUGUAUUUUAAUUACAAGUAUGGGCCCCUUUUCAAAACUAAACAAACAGAUUCUGUGGGAUUUUUUGUUUGUUUGUCACACAUACAGGUAUCUUUCCCUAUAUAUUUGUACCACUUUUGAGAGCCAGUUUUGAUUAUAUAUUCCUACAUUUAGCAAGUUGGAAGGUAAGGAAUAUUUUCUAAUUUCUUUUUCUGAACAGACAUUUCAUACAUAUAUCAUGGCAGUGUGGUGAACUUCCCAGAAUAAAGAAUCAUAACUCAGCAAAUUAUUUUAGGGAUAUUACCUAUUUUUAUACAUAUCUCUUUUGGAUAAUUACAUUUCACACAAGAUUAGAUUUUCAGAAUCUGUUACUUUAUUGUUGGUAUAUUAUGUAACUCUAACCUAUUAUACUAAAAGUUUCACUUUAGGGAGAUUAGUGCUGGACUGAAAAUAUAUAUAGCCAAGGAUUUCAUAUGUCAAGAAACCACUGUAUGUCUGCUUAAUAUACCUUUUAAAUUUAAUUAAUGUAGCAUGGAAUCCAAAGGAAAUGGAAUUUCCUCUUAGCAGAUAUAUCUGUACCCAAUAUUAAGGAAAGGUCUUUUUGCCAUCUUCUGACAAUGUAUCAGUUAAUGUGCCAUGCUUUGCUACAUUGGGCCCUUUUCAACUUAGCACUUUUAACCAUAGGUCAUGUUUGCAACAUACUAAAUUGCAUCCUAAUAAACAGCAUCCCAAUAACUGAUGUGUUAAUAUCCCCACCCUUUCAGUUGAUGCUUCCUAAGGGUAAACUGCCACUCUUGGAAGCAAAUUCCUGGAUAAUGGCAUUAGGGAGAAAAAAGGUGUCACAUUUUACCAAGAAUGUUGUUUCUUCUUGCAUAACAUAAAGCAAGGGAAGACCUGUAUUUUAUGGCUGUGAGGUUUUAAAAAAUAUUCUUCUACAGUUUCAGCGAUGUGGCUUUUAAAUUCAGUGAAUCAUCUUCACGAAAGCUGUAGUAGGUCUAACCUUCAGACCUAAUACCUAUCAUCGCAUGUUCUGAUAAAAUGAAGAUCUGUGUCCAUUAAUCAACACUGCAUGAAAGUAUGAAUACAGACCUAACCUGAAAUUAGGAGCACAGGGCAUCCCAAGUUUCCAUUUUUUGGAACACAUAUAAGAACUGAAGUUUCUACUGAAGUUAGCUGGAAGCACGUGUUUCCUUGAAACCUUGGAGUGACCAUUUUCUUACUCCAAUAAGUAUACUCAUUGGUAGCUAAUAUCUACUGAAUGCAGUUAUAUUUCUUUUUCAGAUCAGGGAUUUUGGCUACAUUCUGAUAAGGAGUAAUAAACAGCUAAUUUACAAUGUAGUCUUUAAGCAAGCAUUUUUAGAAUGGGGACAUUAGUGCAGCACUCUUCAUGUGGAGAAAGACAGACCGUAGGCCCUGAGCUCUCCAAACCCUUGCUUUUCCCCUCUUCCCUGGGCCCGAGUCUGUUUUUACCACACAGACAAGAGGGCACCAGUAUGUUAAUGGGAGGCUGUGUAGGCUGAGAUCAGGCUGUUCCCAUGGGAGUAAUUUCAAAGGAAUCUCUUCAGGGGACUGGGAGAUCGGCCCACUUCCUUCACGGGUAGGAGAUGGGGUUCCAGCCAUUGUGGAUGGAGCAGGCUGGGGGCACCUCAAACCUUAGGGAGAGAUUAGGAGAUGCCUUAGCUAUGCUGAUGGGCUCCUUACAGCACAGGAGCAUGGGGAGAGAACUAAGCUCCUUAAUUAAAGUCAUUUAUGCUUAUUCUGAGCAGUAAAUUAGAGAUUAUGAUAUAUUAAAGCAAACAACAUUUUGGUGAUAAACAAUGUGUUCUGUAACCAUAGGUUGAAAGAUACUUCCAGGAAUCAUCCAAAUCUAUUUCUCUGCUUUUUGUAAGAAUUGGUCUAAGCAACUGUUCUAAGCAUAUGGUUAUUCUCUCUAUACUUAAGAAUGUCUAUGGGAAGUAUAUUUUAAAAUCAUCCUUGGAAAUCCACUCCAUUAUCCACUAAUUCAUGAUAGGGUCUCAGAGAAGAGUUGUAUGUAGUGCACAUUCUCAAUUUGUCACAAACCCUUUAUUAGUGCAUAUGAUUUUACUUAAAGAGGUAGCCAUUUACACUUGUCACACAGGUCACAUUGAAGAAUAUGCCAGAGAUCUAUUAUAUAUCACAGACAGGAUGUAAACUCAUUUCUCAUACAGUAUAAUCUAAGUGUAGCUUUAAAAUUGUAGUCUGAGGCAAUGGUCUAUUCCGUUGCCAUCUUGCCAACCUAUUACAGUCAAUUAUUACAGUGGCACUAUUGCUAUAUGUAUUUUCAAGGUACUGUAUAAAAUGUUCAUUCUAGCUUCAGUCAUAGAAUUUAGAAACUGUGAAAAAGCAUUAUAUUUUCACUUUAAGGCAGUUUGUCCUACACAGUCCAGUCUGCAUAUCCUUCAUGAGGAACUAUGACUGUAACAAUGGGGUGCCUUUGGUGUUUCAUUUGACUAAUAGCUAUACAGUAUUCUCACAUAUAAACUAUUACAAACAUCAUGCAUGCUAGUAUGGCAGACAAAAAGGAAUUUGAGUGAUUUUCCCUUAGCAAUCAAACCAUAUUAAAUUGAGGAAACAGAUUUAACCCACUCAAAAAGGAAUAUGUUCAAAUAUAAUUUGACACUUGUAAUUCCCCUAUUUAAUGUUCUUUCAAGCAGCUAAUUUGGAGAAGGCACUUUAAAACCAGCCAUCAGUACCAAUGCUUCACAUUGGCAUCAGUAUCAUUUUGAAGAAGAGAGUGUCAUCAUUUGCAAACAAACACAUCAUUAUCUAACAAAAUCAGAAUCCACCAAUAUAUACCCACAACAUACAGUCCAGUGUCUCCUGUGUGAACCUUAAUAAAUAGGUAACACUGGCCAUAAUAAAAAGAAUAAUACACAAUGCCUCAGGAACACAUUUGCUUGAAUUUCUUGGCUGUGGAAUAGAGAAGGGGAGGAAGAAAUAGCUUCUAAGAGAUAGGCAACCCAACUGUCUAAAAUCUGUCUCUAUAUUCAACUCUUAUUUUAAAUUAUUUUGCUUUCCCUUUUAGUACCCGAUUAUGUUUGGAAUCUAGUGAGCCCCACCUAUUGAGAAUUUGAGGCAGGCACUAAUGCCCUUAAGAGUGGGUUCGCAGACUGAGCAAUACAAAUUUCUCCUCUUGCCCAGAGAUGACAGGGUUGAUGAUAUGGUGUUUCAUUGUGAGUGUGUGCCUCUCUAGGACAAACAAAUCAAGGCAGAACCGUAACAACUUCAACAAAAUCUGGUUCACAAGUACAGCUGGGGUUUUAAUUUUACAAAUUACUCUUAAAGUUCCAGCCAUAAAGCAAAAUUAAAAUGAUCAGUAAAAAAAAGGCAAAGCCACAGAGAAUAAGGAAAACCACCUUGCUCCGAGUUUUGUCCAGAAUCACAUUGUUUCCAAUUGAGAUAAUGUAUGUGAAGUAAGAAGUUACCAAGAGAAAGCUCAAGAUCAUGACCGUCAUUAAAUAUAUGUAUUGAGGGCUCCUUGGGUUCCUAGAUGACUGAGAGCAGGUGUUGCAAAUAACUAGGGCAGAAAUUGAAACUUCCACACAUUGGCUUUUGUCUCAUCAUGCAUCCUGAGCACCACUUAGCCCAACCCAGACCCUCUCUUGCACCAUGCUGUCACUGGAAACCUGGCCCCAUCUAAAUCUGGCAGAGCCACAGAAAGAGCUGCUGAUGCCUGGGGUGGGCUGAUAAGAAGACCCACACAACACUGCAGAAGAGUACCAGUGCACUUUUGAAAUCAAAGUAACCCUUCCCUGUUGUGCUGGGACAUUGCUUACAUCUGCAGCUUCCCCCUCCCUUCUUCAAAAUACCAUCUGAUUGCAGGCACUUCAUGUUUCUUUAAAAUUAAUUAUAUGUGACUCUGGAUAGGUUUUGGGUGGCAUCUGAUGCCUUCAGCCAACAAUAUUUAGAAACUCAACUCAAAGAACCAAGUCCCAUAUUGUAGCCUGGGUAUUUCUAUUUCAGAAUACAACAAUAACUACAACAAAGUCAUUCUGGAGGCUUCUGUAAGCAUAUCUUAAGAUACAGCCUGAAAAACAUGAUACAUGAGACUGAAUGUUUAAUGUUUAACAUAUUUUAGACUCAAUGAUAUUUUUUUCUGAGCAGAUCUUGAGAUAAAUAUACCUAAUCCAAAAUCAGCCGAUUUAACAUACCAUAAAUUGUUAACCAGAUCAAAUGAAUUUUACUGUUAAAUGGGUAAAUGGACCCCAGCUCUGCACUAUUUGCAGGAUCCUUGUGGUGGUGAAUAAAGAGCAGAAACUGAUAUUAUAUAGAGAUUUACAUAAUCCUGUCAAAAUAUAUUUAGAUAGUGUGCAAAAUUCCUUCCUCACACUUGAUUCUAAUAACUGGAACUGAAAUAUUAUUGCCCUGCCACCUUUGUUUCCUUCCUUCCUUCCUUUUCAUAAAAGUCUCAUUCAUACAUUUAUAACACAGCUAAUCUCAUGUUGUAAGAUAGUUUUAUGAAGUAAUGAAGUGUCUUGGUUUGCGUAUGUGCACGUGUGUGUUGUGUGUGUUACUGAAGAAUACAGCUGUUACAGAUUAGGAGUGAUGUUUCUGGAAGGACUGGGAGUUAGAGAAGUAAAAUUUGUGUCUUUGUUUCUAAUCUGUUGUGACAACAUCAUGGCUUAUUUCAAGUGCCUCAUAGCAAUUCCAUCCACAUUAAGAAAUAAUCUAGUCCAAUGGUCCAGCUCAUCAUCUUAGCAGUAUCUGGCUGUCUUCAUAAGAAUUACCUAGGGAGCUUUUAGAAAUACAGAUCUCUGGGCUUUGCCCCCAGAUUUUAACUCAGUAGGUUGCAGGUAAGGCCAAGGCAUCUGUAUUUAGAAAACCACUAUAGGUAAUGCUCAUGUACAGCCAGAUUUGGGAACCACUGAAGAGUGUUCAAGUAAUACCAAUUACUAUGAGUAAAUACAAGUUGCCUGAGAUAGCUCCAUAUUAGUUCUUUUGUUGUUAUUCUGAACAGUUAAGCUUCAUACAAUUAUUUCGUUCACAAGUUUUAAUUUACGCUUUUGUUUCAAAUUCAUGGUUUGCUUUUUCAGCUUGAGUCUUCAAACUUCUUAAAGACAGAAGUCAACACUGAUAAGCAUGAGGGAUGAAUAUUGCUCACUAUAGGGCUAUUAGGCAUAUUAGAUGUAGUACCAUUUUCUUAGUCACUGCCAGAGCAGUAUAUCACAGUAUUUGUUGAUCCUCACCACCAAGGUGCAAACUAUGAACUUUUGGACACAAAAGCAAAUGGGAAUGAGAGCCUUACUUCUGAAUGCUUUGAUUUUUAUAGUAUGAAGGGUCACUCACUUAAUACUUAGUCUCACCAUGUACUUUUCACGUCAACUUGUACAUUCUUCUAAAAAUGAUUUCCCAGCAAUACCCUAUAACAACUUCUCAAGCAAUAAUUUAACCCAUGGUGAUGAUGCUAUUUGAAACUUGCACUUCUGGGCACUUCAUAGAACUUUUGGGGAAAGAGACACAUUUUAAGCAAUAAUAUAGCUGGUGUGGACUUUUUAAAGAUAUUUAUCAUACUAAAAUGAAUAGCAAAUAACUCACAGAUUUUUAAAAUCUGAACACAUGACAUGCUUAAUCUAUCUCAGAAGUCACUGAUUUGCAAGCAUGCUAUACAGUAAUUAAUGUAUUUCCAGAUGAUUUCUAGUAUAUAAUUUUAAAAAUACAUGAUUUCUAUUCCUUAAGAGAUUUGUAUGUAUGUAUAAUGUCCAGAUCUUCAGAUUUUUGUAGUAUAUGAUUGUAAGGAAUAGUUAAUGAUGGACACGUGAGUAAAUGUAAUUCCUAGGUUGGGAGAGUUUAUUGAGAAAUAUAGAUGGGCCUUGGGACAAGUUACCUAAUUUAAAUGUUGGUUAAGGUUUGGUAAGGUAUUAGAAGAUAAGCGAUUAAAGAUAAAAGAAACUACCACUGUUGUCUGUGAGAGUUAUACCAAUGUUUAGUAAGUGUAUUAAUAUUUUGGCUUUAGAAUAUAUUUGCCUGAAAGUUCUAUGUAGUAUAACUAAUAAAUAUAUGAAAAUGAUUAUGUAGUCAUAUUGAAAAAAAAAAAACCCUGCCCUUCUCAGAAAUUUUGAUGAUUGCCCUAAACCUUUCAUAUUUCAGAAUGAAUAAUUCAUAUUUUGUCUUCUUAAAUUGCAUUUUUAAUCAAAUGUGGCACAGUUAAUAAUCAGUCCUUUAAUAGUUAAAUGUACCUCUCCCUCCCAUCAAUUUAGAAUAAUUAUCAGGAUUACAGUUGAAAGCAACUGUUAAACUUGUAUCAAUACUGAGCAAUGUCUAAGAUCAGAUUAUUAUUUAGCAAAAUCAUGUAAACCUAGGUCCAUUCCUAAGUCUCUAAAUAAUACUACCCUUCUCUAAUCAUGAAUCUGAACACAACUGUAAUGAUGGGUGGAUAUACUAGUAUUUUAUCUUCCCAUUAUGCACAGGGCAUAGUAUGAACUUAGUUUAGCAUCCUCCUGCCCACAAUUUGGAAAUUUCCCCAAUAAAAAUCAGACAAAACUAAUGAUUCAAUAAAAAAAUUUUGGCAGUUAUCUUUUUGUAUAUCAUUGGAUGCUUAACCAUUAAUAAACAUGCUUCUGAUUGUCAAUAAAUAAUAAAAUACUAAAUUGGAAACAUUAUAUUUCACUGAAUUUACCUUCCCAGUUAACCCAUGUGAUUGCUCAUUCAUUCUUAAUAUUAGACUCAAGUACUGUUGCUUAUUAUUUCAAAGCAGAGAAGAGAAACUAAAUGCAAAGCCUAAGUAAUAGCUCAUUUCUGAUUCAUUUGAUACAUAUUUUAAAAAUAAGGGAAUCCAUUUACAAUUCAGUAUUCCUCUGUUACCUUCUCACUAUUUGGAGACAGAGGAGAGAACCACUAAAUAUAUUUUUACUGUGGUUUAUUAAAUGUCAUUAAAUACAAGUGGGGCAAGAAAGUAUUCAUUGGGAUAAAAUCAGAAAUGUACCAAACUUCUUCUUUGAACCACCUCACUUUCUAAAGACAGUUUUUCCUUUUUUGCUGACUGGCAGUUACCCACCAGUCUCCAGACACAGAACAGAUGGCAGGGGUGGGGCAAGAUGAGCAGGAGAUUUAGAUGAGGGUGAAGAAGAGAAUUUUUUUCUUCUGGAAGAAAUAGAGAACCUUAAAGAAAAAGCAGUUUCCAUAACAGACAGUUCUGGCUUAAUGAAAGCCAAAUGAUACAUUUGACUACUGGUAACUCUUAUUUUUAAAAAGAAAAGAGAAAAUCCCCUUCACAGCCAUUUUCUGUGUUCUUAUGAGGCAGUGCCAACCUUCCAGCAGCUGCACAUCUCAGUAAGACUGGGAUUAGAAGCUCACUGAGCCAUAAAUAGAAAUUCUCUUAAGAUGGCAGAUAGAACUAGUCUUGGUUAAAAUGAUGAAGGUAAACCAAAGUGUCAGAACAUCUGAACUGAGGGAACAAAGGUGGCCAAAUACCAGCCCUGCCAUAUGUCACAGAAAAACCAGCUAAAAUUAGCACAAAAGAACAGAUUAUCACAGUGUGCAAGUGAUAUUUAAAACUUUCUCUUUUCCUUUCAUAACAUGUCUGGCUGAGCUAAUAAUGAGAAAAACGCAAUUUGGUUUUAUGCUGCCUUUUUUUUUUUUUUUGUCCUGAAAUUACAGAAACUACAUUUUACCCUACUUGUGAAAUUUAAUCACAAAGAGUGGGGAAUAUUUAUUCUGCAUUUCCUAAAAUCUCUAAAUCAUUUUUGAGGCUAUACUAUAUUCUAUACUCCUCUUCAGACUGUUCUCAAAUUGGGCUUUGACUGCUGGCGAAACAAGUGCUCAGCUAUAGAGUGAGAGCCUUUGUGACACCAGCCUGUCUAAUUUAUUGGGAAUGCUCCAGACAGUUUGAGAUGCGAAGAGGUUGCCCCACAGCACAUGAUGGUAUUUUGUAGGAUAGAGGGAAUUAUACUCUGUCUUUUAAAAUUAGAAGUGGCUAGGUCAACUCUUAGCAAAGGUUUCCUACUCAUAAAAGAUUUUUCACUUACAUGUCACUGGUUAUUUCAAGCCCAAUUUCUUUCGAACAGAAAUUAUAAAAGGGAAAAUAAACGUGAACAUUUUUAAAAUCAGAAUUACCAGUGAGAAAAUAAUUCAGGACAAAGAUUUGCUGUCCAGGUAGAGUCAGUUUAAUUGUGAUAGCCAAAGCUGUGAAUUUGAGACGUUUGAAAAGUUUUCUAAAUCUGUAUCAAGUUCUUCGACAAUGAGGAGGAAAAUUAAUUUUUUUUUGUUGGGAUCCUUAAGGUUUUAUCCCUUGGUGAUAAUACCUAACUAUGAAUUACAGUUAAAUGGUUUAUUCUCCCUAUUGUUCAUUUGUUUCAGAAAAAAAGGUGUGGAGGAUAUCAUAGAUAAAACAAACUUACAAAUUGUGGCAUUGGACCAUGUUUUACAAAUUUGGCAAUAUUCUUUUACUUAAAAUAUUACACUGGUUUUAAUCAUGUAAGGGUUAAGGAUAAUAACAGUCAUUAAUACUGUAUUCAAAUUGGUUCAUAUUAGGAUAUAGAACAAAGCAUCUCAGCCUUCCCCAAAUUCAGUGUAAGUCAAAGCCAAUUUUUGCUCAAAUCAUUUAAACAAUAAAUAAAAUUAUUUCUAUAUCACCUCUAACAAGAAACCAUGCACUUCCAUACCCAAUGAAACCUCAAUUCCUAGAGAAAUGAUACUUUUAUUGCCUUUCAGGAUAUUCCUUCAUAGUCAGUAUCACUUACAUUCAAGGCUAGCAGAGGAGUUCUUUCAAGUUCUGAGGUGAUCUGGAUCAGUAUAUUUGAAUGUAACUACUUGAAACAUGCUUCAUUUUUAGCAUCUUAAAUUCAAAUCUCCAUAAAGUGAAGCAAAAAAAAUUGAAAUAGCCAGAUAAUUGAUCAACAUGAAACCCUCUCCCAAAUUUUAUUGGUAUAAAUUAUUACUCUGAAACCAAAGCUUAACUGUAGCUUGGACUUUCACAUAAAUUGCUUUUGUUUUCUCUGACUAGAAAGACUUCUCAUGAAACAGAAGUUAACUCUGAUGGUAGAUCUAACUCUAGCCAAGAAGGUCUAGAUAAACUAGAGGAUUGUGCAAUUGUCUAAAGCAAUUAAGGAAAAAAUUUUUUAAUUUUUUUUAAUUUUUGCUCUUGUUUAAAGAUAAUUAUUGGUAGAUGGCAGCCAGGAUUAUUACUCUGUAUUUUCAGUUUGUUUCAGGUGUGUCACUGGGCACUUGUAAAACCCAUGCCUUUAGUUGCUGUGUAACUCAGCAACCUGGAAGAAGGGGUACUCACUGCUUUUUCUUUUGGUGCUUAAGAGCCAGCUUCUUUGCUUUGUCUGAAAAAUUCCCUACUAAAAUGGCAAUGACUAGAUGACUGUAGGAGGUGUCACAUUUUAUGAGCACAUAAGCACUUUAGCUGGCAUCAGCUGGAAUGCAGCAGUGAAGAAGAAACAGACACAGUAGGGAGGACAAGAGGCAGAAAAGUCAAACUUUGCCUACAUUAAAAUUAUGUGUAUAGUCCAGCUCUGUUAACCUUAAAAAAGUUGAAAAUAGUAGAUUAUAGACUUCUGAACAUGGUAUUCAUACUUAACAGAUGUCAUAAAAUAUCAGUUAUGUUCAUCAUGUCAAAAUGUUAGUAAAACAAACAUAAGAAAUAUGCUCAUCAAAACAAAUCUAUUUAAUGGGACAAAGGACAUCUCACAACACAUAUACCACAACAUAUAUACCAACUCAAUAUUUGCUGUAUGAUCUAAUUAUACCUUAGUAUAGCCAUUAUGAUAAAAAGAAAUCAUGCAGGAAUCCAAAUUAUCAAGUAUGGCUCUAACUUGAUCAAUAGAAUUCGGUAUUUUUCCUGAAUAAGACUCUUGGUAGAUGUAAAAUGAAUGGGAUAUAUAUAUAUACAUAUAUAUGUAUUGUGUGCAGUAAACUAAUAAGGCCCAUAAAGCUUGUCAGCAUCCUCAACUCCUUUUUUUUUUUAAUUCUUUCUUUCCUCCUUUUAUCCCUCCCUCUAUCUCAUGAGGUACCUAAUAGUAUUGAAUUAUUUGGACAAUGGCAUCUUUUUCUCACUUUCUCAUGAUUGAAUACUUUGUGGAUUAGCUGAGGUAAGGAAAAGAAAGUGAGCACUUAGACACAGCUAAGGACAGAGGUGACUGAGAAAAUUGGGCCUUGGCUUCCAGAAGCGUCAUCAGUGAAGAGAAACAUGGUCUAUAAAAAUAUAUACAUAGUUUUUUUUCCACUGAAUUUAAAACACUUUCUCAAGAAUUAUCAAUGUCAACCUUUUUUGAUAACCUCCUCUUUUUAUCCCAUACAAAUGCCUUAAUUUAGAAAAUCCUCUUAUUUUCAAAUAGUCAAUUUUUUACCUUGGUGCCACACUACUAAAGUUUGAAAUAGAAAAAAAGCUUGUUCUAUUUGUAGGGAAACUGUUUCCUGAAAACUACUUCCCAAUAAGGGGAAUACACCAAAUGCUCUUUGAUUUUACUGGCUCUUUAUCUUGAGAUAACUGAUGUGCUGUCUUGCAUCCUGUAACUUAGUUUGGUGUAGUAGGAUGACUUGAGGUUUUUUGUUUUUUAUUAUUUGCCAUCAAUUUUAUAAGACUAAUGUAUUUAAUAAGCAAUACACAAUUUAUUCCAUAUUUCCUAGCUUUCUAUGCCUUUGAGGUUUUAGCCUAUAUUCAGAUAGUUGUUUAUAACCAUAAUUUGACUUCAUCAGAUUAACAGAUUACCUUAUUCUUAAAUACAAAAAGACAGUUUAGAUAAUUUUAUGGUUUAUCAAGAGAUCAUUUACAAAUCCCAAUCUGAAGCCAUUUUCUUUUUUUUCAGGGAAAAGUGAAUCAUUUGUAGUACAUAUCUGAUUCAUAAAAAAAGAAAUCAAGUAUCUCAUUUAAAAAAGAAUCUUUAAUCUCCAAAACUGAAAAUUUUAGUAUUUUUAUGUUUGGUGUUAGUUUCUUAAUAUUACAUUCAAACCACUAAACAUGUCUCCAUGACAUAAAUUUGUCUGAGUUCGCUCAUUAAUAGAAACUCAUAUAGAAAUAAUAUAUCUUUUCCUCUCUGGAAACACACUUCAAUAAGUCAAAUUCCCUUUGAGUUUUGGUUAAACUUCCCCAUUUCUCAGUUGAACUUCUUAGGCACCUCUCAGGGGUUUUCAACUCUAACAGAUCAGGUAGUCAGGCAAAGGAAGCAGCAUGAAAACUUCUGAAAAAGUCAUUUUUUUUAAGGAAUAAUUAUGUUAAUCUAAUUUUAUCUAUUCCAUAUAGACUAUUUUAUUUUGAAACUGUGAGAUAAAAAGCCAUUACCAUGCAGACUGGCACCUACAAAAAUUUUCUUCCUGUGAUUUUUAGUGUUAAAAAAGCCUUUAUCUUGAAAUGACAGACAAUCUUAAUACUAGUUCAAAUGAAAAACUAUGACCUUCAAUCCCUUCACCAUUUUUAUUUCUUUAGGGAAAUAUGUUUAAUAAUAGUUGUAAAAAUAGAAGAUAGUUGAGGAAAAGAAGAAAUUAAGGUGAAAUUUGGAGAGCUGUGAUCCACAGUCCCAUUUUGUUUUCUUUUGCUCUAUUUAAUUGCCUCUCACUGAAUUGAUAACAAAGGCCUAGAGCUGCAAAAUUUACAAUUUAACCAAAUUCGUUGUCUUCUUUAAGAAUUCAGAGGUAAACAAAAAUUACUCCAGCUAUGCAUGAUUUAUUAUUCAUCAUGCCAGGUUAGGUUUAAGAAGAAAAAUUGUCCAUGGAGAGAUUUUUUCUUAGUAAUGGAUGAGCAGAUUUUUCUUUAUUAAAAAAAAAAAAAAUCCCCCAGAGUGUUUUGCUUUGAGAAAGAAUCUAAAGGUUUAUAAACAGCUGCCUGUAACUACACUAUAACUUUGCUAAUUAAGUGACAAAAUUGUUUCAUUGUUCUGAAAAUGUACUGAUUAAGUACAUUCCAGAAAUAGUAUGUAUUCUUCAUUUCAAAAUCUACCUGCCUGAAUUCUGACUCUUCAACUGUGAGUAGCCAUUUUACAAAACCAAAGGGUCUCCUUUCCCAAAUAGUACUUUAGAUAUCAAAUUUAAUCCUGUAUUUCAAUGCAUAAGAUAAACAACCAAAUCAUUUCCAAACAUUUUGGCAUUAUAUAAUAUACAGAUUUCCCAAAUCAUAUAGUAAAAACACAUAGUUACAAUGUGCUAGGCCUUUAUCAGCUUCCUCUGCAUGAGGUGGUUUUUACUUAAGCAGCUACCUGAAUUAUUUUAAUGUUUUGGCCAAUUUGUUUGCUGCAAUUUCAUGGGUCUAAAUUUUAUUUGGCUUGCAAUGUAAAUAAUAUUGUACAUCUGCUAUUUUGCUACCAGACUCUACUUUGUGGGAUCAUUUCUUUUAAAAAUCUAGUUAUGACAAAUUUAAACUACAAUGUCAUCAAAAAAUUAUAGUCACCAGAUAACUAUACUAAUAUCUGUAGGGCAUGGUUAAAUUGCAUAGAUUUUGAAAUGUCAAACUAUUUUUCGUUUUCUAAAAAAUGAAUGCAUCUCUUAAACCUGUACCAUUAAUAAAAAGUUACGCUUGGUGUUUUCAUAUUAUAUUUUAAGAUAUUUUCCUUUACCUAGUAGUACAGGUUUCGAGAACCUUUUUCAGAUUGAAAUGAUACAAUAUGCCUCCUGUCACUAGAAUUUUAAGAAUAGUCCAUGUAAAAAUAUUUAAGCACUUACAGUAUUAUAAACAUCCACUGUAACUUCUUUGCCUUUCAUGUAACACCAAUUUUUACUCAUUUUGAUUAUUUUUUAUUUGUAACUCUUAGACACAAUGUAAAUAGCAUGUUCCAUUAUGCAAAAUGUCUUUGUAUUUACAGAAUGCAGAACAUGGUGAAUUUAUAUACGAAAAGUAAGCGAUGGAAACCUGAGAUUCUUAUAAAGCAAAGUGGAAAUGACAGUUGUGUGUUAUAUUUACAUAAUUCAUUACAAACUAUCUGUUCAAGUCAUGCAUUUAUUUACUUUAUAAGUCUAAACUGUCACUUAUAAAAUAUUUAAAUCAAUAAAUGAUA